AUGGAGUGCAAGUUCAGCAACGGUACCCAGGAAGGGGAUAUGGAGGUGAGGCUUGAUACGCAAGUCAUCACCAAUAGAGGUAGUUUCAAGUAUCUUGGAUCUAUAAUACAAGGUAAGUUCUACAAGGUUGUAGUUAGACCAACUAUGUUAUAUGGAGUAGAGUGUUGGCCGGUUAAGAACUCUCAUACCAAGAAGCUAAAAGUAGCUGAGAUGAGGAUCUUGAGGUGGAUGUGUAGGCCUACCCGGUUGGAUAAUAUUAGGAAUAAAGUUAUUCGGGAAAAGGUGGGAGUGGCCCAUGUGGAGGAUAAGAUAUGGGAGGCGAGGUUAAGAUGGUUCGGGCAUGUUAACAGGAGAAGUAUAGAAGCCUCAGUUAGAAGGUGUAAGCGGUUAGCCUCGAUGGGCAACAGUAGGGGUAGAGGUAGGCCUAAGAAGUCUUGGGGAGAGGUUAUUAGGCGGGACAUGGCGUAG